AUGCUGCAGCUGGUCUCGUCGUCCGACCUGGCGCUCGACGCCAAACGACAGCACCGCAUCAACGCCAAUUCCUUCCAGCAGAACGCCAUCCUCUCCUACCGCGGUUGGCAGUAUGUAUGCUUCUACUCUAACAAGGACGACCGGGUGUCUGGUGGUCCGUUACUGGUGAAUAUCAGCCGAAGACGCCCUGAUGGCCCAUCGCCAUCCUGGGAGACAUUGACUUUUCGCGAUUACGAGCAGACUGUCGACGAUGGUCAUAACACCAUCUCCAUAGGCAUCUGUGCUGGAGAUGGGACGAUCCACGUCUCGUUCGACCAUCAUUGUGACCGAUUACGAUUUCGCGUGUCAAUAGAGGGUGUAGCAAACCAACCAGAUGCUUUCUCAUGGACUCCAGCUCUGUUUGGGCCGACUCUACAUCACUUGCCCAGUUCCACCUGUCCGGAAUCUCUUUUUAGAGAAGUCACGUAUCCUCGAUUUCUCUCCGUCGAGAAUGACCUUCUUCUGGCUUACCGGGUUGGCAUUACUCAUUCCAGGGCCGGCGCCGGCUCCGAGCUUCUUUUCAAGUACACGAGCACUACCCAUGAAUAUACAUACCUGGGACAAUUCCUCACAGGGCAGGAGAAUAGCCCUUACACCAAUGGUAUCGAUUAUGCUCACGGUCGGAUUCACGUCUCGGGCACCUACCGCCACUUCAUCGAGUAUGAAGGUGUCCACGAUCCCAACUCGACUAGACACAAGGCCAAUGCCGGGCCCAAUGGGCCGGAGAACAACUACAAUCUGUUCUACGCAUACAGCGAUGACAUGGGAGAAACGUUCCUCAACUCGGAGGGCCAGGUCCUCGCGUCGUUGCGGCAGGGCGAAAGCAUCUACCCUGAUGCCAACGGGCUGAUCGUAUUUGAUAUCCCCAUGAACAGCGGCAUCAUGAAUCAGGAAGCGCAGGCCGUGGACCGAAAAGGCGGCUUCCAUGUGUUGAACAGGGAACGGGAAGUGUGGAUCCAUUACUACCGAAGAUCAACAGGUCAAUGGAGCCGAUGCGCUCUCCCCGGACCUCGACCAACAAAUACAGGCGCACGAGGGGCUGUUGUCGCGUCGUUGGACACGGACACGCUGUUUUUCGCCCUGCCAGGCAAUCGCGACGACACGCUGACGAUCGUGGGUGCACAGCUGGACGGAGAAGCGCCAACGUACCAAAUUCUAUGGACUGAUAAUGGAUUCUCUGGGGAGCCGCACUUGGAUGUAUACCAACGGGACGGUCGUCAGAUGCUGUCAAUUUUCACAAGGACAGAGCCUGCAGACAAUACAGAUCGGAAGGUCGUUGUGAUGGAUUUCGCUAUUAGUUAG